UUCAAUCGAAUUUUUUUAUUAUUCGUUAUUUGGUUAAUGUUAGAAUUAAGUUCCAAAAUUCAAUAGCACUAAAGUUUGCACGGAAAUUUUAUUUCCUUGGAGGUUAAUAUUAACUUGGCCUACGAUGUGAAUAAUCUGAAUGGAAAAUGGAAAUUGAAAUGCAAGAAGAUCCUUAUUGUUUGUAUGCUAAAAACUAUCUAGAGAACUUUGAAAACUGGAUGGAAACAGAAGAAAGAUUUCCUUUAUUGGAAGAAGAUUCACUGCCAAGUGAUUAUUCCCUGCAAAAGGACCCACUGCUUAGUCAAGUACAACUGGAUGAUUGCAGUAGAACUGAAACAGACUCCUUGCAAGAUGUAAUUGCUACACCAAAAUCGUCAACACUGAGUAAACAUCGAACUGAAGGUAUCACACAAUCACAGGCUAAGAUUUUGAAUAAAAAAAAUGAAAUAGAACAAAACACUACUUUGACUUCAAGCCUAAAGUAUAAGGAUGAAAUAUUGAAAGAAAGACCUGCUGUGUCUGUAGAAAUGGUUUUUAUUAGUAGUGGCAUUGGUUUAUUUAUUCGGGAUGGUAAUGGUACUCAGAUAUUUAUUACUCAGCAUAUUAAGAUGACAUCAUUGGCAUCACCACCAACAAUACGUCAUCAGAAUGUAAAAACUGUAAAUUUUCAUCCAAUCUGUGAUAAUAGUAAAAUAACAUUGCCACAGAUAAUUACAAACAUAAAUUCCAAAGUACAUUUAUGUCCGGUGAGAGACUGUACAGAAGCAUUUCUCCAGCCAGCUUCAGCCAAAAUCCAUGGAUUAAAACAUUUAGCAAUAAAACCAUUCUCCUGUACAUAUGUAGGUUGUAAAUGGGAAUUUUAUAAAGAGAAUCAACUAAACAGGCAUUUAUUAACUCAUGAAAAACACAGGAACUAUAUAUGUGAUAUGCCUGGCUGCAAUAAAGACUUUACAACUAUUUAUAAUUUAAAUGAGCAUAAAAAGAGACGUCAUAUUCAACCAGCUACAAAAUUGUGUCCAGUAACUGGCUGUGAAAGUGCUUUUAGGAAUGACAAAGAGCUGUUAUCGCACUGCAAGCAACAUAGCGACAAUGACGCGCCAUUCCAUUGCACGUUUAAUAAAUGUACAAGGUCAUUUUUUAUUCGCGCAUUAUUAGAUAAUCAUCUCAAGAGCCAUCAGUAUGGAAAUACAUACAUAUGCAGUUACCUCAAUUGCGGUAAAAUAUGCCAAACUGCUUAUAGGCUUAAAGAACAUAUACGAAGUCAUACAGGGUCUAGGCCUUACGCCUGCAACUUUGAAGGAUGUACUUGGAGGUUUACUACUGCUAGCCAAUUAAAACGUCAUGAAAGAACACAUAGAGAAGGCAAAAAUUUUUGCUGUACCUUUGAAGGAUGUAAUAAAGCUUACAGAAGAGCAGAACAUUUAAAGAUUCACAGUCAGACUCAUGUGGAAUCCAGUACAUCAUAUGAAACUGAUGCUGAGUCUCCUGCAGCAGCUUAUACUUCAAGAUCAGUUCACAUUAAGAAGCAUCACAAGUUACCAAAACAAAAUAAAGGGCAAACUUCAUCACAGAAAUUGUAUGGAUUAGUUAAUAAUGGCAAUAACUUAUUUAAUUUCUCCUAUCCCGACUAUUCGGUAAAAUUAGUUCCGUCUGCAACUAAGAGUGAAGAUGAGCUCCUUGAAGAAGCAAUAAAAAGCCUGGGUGUCCCUGAAAUUAUGUCAGAAAAUGAUGCUCUUAACCUGUUAGAUAACGAAGAUUUUUCAACAGUAAACCUCAAAGAUCUUCAUUAAUAAUUUCCUUGUUUCCUUUUUAACUGUGCUUUUCCUACUGCUGACCGUUUUAUGAUACUGACAAUUAUUUAUAUUUUUCUAGUUGUAUUUACAUAAUAUAUCCCAGCCAUUGUUAAUUUUGUCAAUAAAAAUUGUUGA